GCGAAACGGCAAGAUGUGAAGUGAAAAGUGAAGUGGAACAAAAGAAAUUGUCUGAUAUUCUUUGUAGAUUUGCAGGGUUAUUAUUUGUUUAUUAAUCCCUAUAUAUUUAUCUAAAAUAUUCGUUGCUUAUUAGCAAAUUCUCGAACUUCAUAUUCUUUUAAUAUUCAUUAAUAUAUAUCUAAAUUUUGAUCGAAAAUGGAUCCAGGCAUCCUUUGUUUCCACCAUUGUGAUCAUAAAGUAUUUUGCACAAUUAUCCCAGAGCAAUGUCCUGUGUGUCAACAAAAACUAGACAGAUAUGAUUACAAUUUGCUACCGUUCAGAGUACCAUAUCCUUUCGUGAAAGCAUCUCAACAUCCGAGAGCUAUAGUUAUGAAACCUACUCAUGGAGAUUUUCUUAAUGAUUAUUACAAUUCUAAAGAUUUACAUAUAGGAGUGACUAAUUCUCACGGUUAUGUGGUGGAGUUCAGUGAACAAGGUAUUCAAGGUGUAGACACUCUUACCAAGACAUGGAGUAGUUGUAACAUGGGUGCUGAAUGGGACCAGUGUUUAUUAUUGGAGCAGUUUGAUGAAUUAUGGAAUGAAAUAUGGGACAGUGUGCUGUUGAAGAUGAGCCUUAGUCCACUUUGGGAGGCUAAUAGAUACAAUGAAGAGAGACACAACUGUUUCACAUUUGUGUUAGCAUUCCUACGGGCUCUGGACUGUGGUGAAUUGUCUGAGAAAGCCCAGGACCCAAAACAAUUUUGUAAACAAUAUGUUGUGCCGAGGACUUCAGCUGCAGGUAAAUAUAUAUCUCUCUACAGGCAACUGAAGAGGCAAUGUUUCUUCAUACAGCACCAAUGAUAGCCUAUUAAUUAAUUUGUAAAGUAUUUAUGUAUUAUCUAUACAGUAUUAACUGUGAUGUUUAAAUAUUAAGGUGUACUAAUAAGAUCUUUAAUAGAAGUGCAUUUAAUUAGACCAAAAUAUUAUUUAGUUUUCAGUACACUGAGCUGCAUCUUUAUCUAUCUAUCUAAUAGAUUUAAUUUGUGAUUUAUGUUUAAUAGAAUUAUAUUUUAUUUUUUUAUUUAUUAGUAUAUUUUGCCAGCAAUUUAUUACUAAAGGACUAAUUUAAAUAAUAUUUAAAAUAUUUGUUUUAAUUUUACAACUACAGGGAUUAUGUUAAUCAUAAUGUAUCAAAAUUUUUGUGUCUAGAUAGGUAACUUAGGUAGUUAUUCCAUAGUAACUGUGUUAACAUCAUUUAUUUAGUUAAUCUUUUGUGAGAAUAAAAUUUACUUUCUUGCCCUGAAUUGUUACUUAAAGGAGAUAGGUGAUUGUAUUUGUCAAAAAUCUCGUGACCAAUUUUGACAUUAAUUAGAAUUAGAUUUUGAUGGUGGAAAGGUAAUUAGAAAUAUGUAAAAUACAAAUUGUGGGCUUUUUGACAUUAUUAGUAAAAAAUAAAUUCCUUCAAGUAAUAAUUACUUGGAAGGAAUUGAGUAACAUUUCAUACAUUU